AAGCAACAGGAAGCGACAACCCCAAAAAAGAAGAGUGCGGGCUGGAAGAGGAAAAAAAAAUAAAAACACAAAGGGGAGGCCGAGAUCAUAUCGCUUGAUUGGCUUCAGAUCCACUGCUGGUCUGAGAAAUCCCUGAUCCUGGACCCGCGACCCUGAGACCACUUGAGACCCGCUUCUGUAGGAGUUAUAUACGUGGCAGCAGAUUAAUGAGCAUGUCCUCCUCAUAAAGCUAAAGUGAAGCUUUUACCUGCCACAAGAGAGAGAAACACACGGGUCUGUUUGAUCCUGGCUAUGGCCCACGGCGCCAGUAUCCAAUAUGAGCCAGUUGCAGAGAUCGGAGGAGGCGCUUAUGGGACGGUUUAUAAGGCCCGAGAUACAGAGAGCGGGCAGUUUGUGGCUCUGAAGAGUGUGCGUGUCCAGACAGACCACAAUGGCCUCCCGGUCUCCACAGUUAGAGAGGUGGCUCUGUUGAAACGGAUGGAGCAGUUUGACCACCCCAAUGUGGUCAGGCUUAUGGAUGUAUGUGCAACCCAGAGGUCGGACCAGGAGACUAAAGUCACUCUGGUGUUUGAGCAUGUGGACCAAGACCUCAAGACGUACCUAGAGAGAGCCCCAGCCCCGGGAUUAUCCCCAGGCCACAUUAAAGACCUGAUGAGGCAGUUGCUGUGCGGUCUUACAUUCCUUCACUCUAACCGCGUGAUGCAUCGAGACCUGAAACCAGAGAAUAUUCUGGUAACCAGCCAGGGCCAGGUGAAGCUGGCCGACUUUGGACUGGCCAGGAUCUACAGCUGCCACAUGGCCCUCACUCCUGUGGUGGUGACACUGUGGUACCGACCUCCUGAGGUUUUGCUGCAGUCCAGCUACGCCACGCCUGUGGAUAUCUGGAGCACCGGCUGCAUUUUUGCCGAGAUGUUCAGACGCAAACCUUUGUUCUGCGGAGAAUCCGAAGUGGACCAACUCGGGAAAAUUCUUGAAGUUAUUGGCUUGCCACCAGAGGAGGAGUGGCCAACCGAUGUCACACUCUCAAGAAAAAACUUUCCCCCUCUCUUACCUCGCCCAAUCACUGACUUGGUUCCAGAGAUAAAUGAGCAGGGGGCACAACUAUUGCUGAAAAUGCUGACCUUCGACCCCUUCAAACGAAUAUCUGCCCUGAAUGCCCUAGAACAUCCAUAUUUCCAGGACGAGGAGACAUUGACUCAGACAAAAAGCUGAAAUGAUGCAGUGAAACAUGCAGCGAGAGGUAACAGUGUCUAAGUUUAGACCUGGCCUAACCAUAAAGGAUUUCAGUUUCAUUCAGUGCAUUGCCUUUCAAGACGUCUGGGUUUUGCUUUGGGAUUAUUUUCUUGUCACUCCUGCAUCAAAAAAAAAAAGGAUUAAAACCUGAGAAAUGGGGGCAAAAAAAAAGAAGAGGAGUGAACUUAAAGAUCACUGGCAUGCUUUCCAACAUGUAAAUGUCACAAUUAAUGAUGUUAACAUGUCAUGUUUUCAAGGACAGUACCAGUUUUUUUGAUGUUUGAUUUCUGUGUCAGUGUCAUCAGAAGGGACUGAUAAACAGAAACGUCUGUCAUCUCCUCUCAAAUGUUGCUCUUGUUAUUGUUGUACAGUGUUUAGACAGGCGGAGAUGACGUCUUUUCUUGUUACAGGCUGAACAAAGUCUGACAAAAAUGACACCUCAGGGUUAGAGCAGCCAGUCGUCAGUGAUCUUAGUGUAUUUGUGUUAAUAUUUAUCAUACAAAAGGAACAAAACACCGUAAGCCUGUGACGUCAUUAAGCUGUAUGAAAAUCAUGAGGAAAAGAAAGAACAGUUCGAAGCAGUAGAAGAAACACACAUGACAAAAAUACUGGUAUUGCCCUUAAAUAGUCUCAUAAAAUGGAAGAAUAGUUUCUUUUAUUUGGAGGACUGAAGGGUUGGACUUCAUUUCAUGUGUAACAUUUUUUGCUAAAAACCAUUUAAAAUCAACCAGCACUGCAACUACAAAUGAAUAAAAAAACUUUAAUCACA